AUGAGUACAACAACGGUCGUGCAACGUAAAUCACUGAAGGAUUGCGUCCGCCACUUCACCCCAGCAUGGUUUGCGGCCGUCAUGGGGACGGGUUCCAUAUCAAUCCUUUUUCUCAACUCGCCGUUUGCAAACGAAUCAUCGACAGUAGCGAUCUUCACCUACAUCUUCUUCUUCCUCAACCUUGCCCUCUUCAUUCUCUUCAACGCGCUCACCAUAGCGCGAUAUACCAUCUUCCCCGACAUCUGGACAAUGAUGAUACACAAUCCCAUCCAAAGUCUCUACCUGGGCACAUAUCCUAUGGCCGGCGCCACUCUCAUUAGUGUUGCCGUGGGCCGAAUAUACGAGAGGGACGGAUUCGGCGGGAAGGAAUUCCUCUACGCAAUAUGGGGCUUCUGGUGGAUAGACGUCGCUCUUUCGCUCGGAUGCGCCUUCUUGCUCGUACAUAUCAUGAAAACACGACACACCCACGCACUUGAACGAAUGACAGCCGUCUGGCUCCUGCCCGUGGUCACGCUCAUCGUCAUUUCGUCCUCCGGCGGCGUUGUCGCAAACGCACUCGCCGCGCACUCGCCACACUACGCGCUCAUCACCCUGACCGUCUCGCUUGUCCUCGUCUCCAUCGGUGUCGGGCUCGCGUGGAUGAUCCUCACGAUGUACCUUCUCCGGCUCAUCGUCUACGGCGUCCCGCAGAACGCCGAAGUCCUCAGCGUGUUCAUGCCGCUCGGCCCGAUGGGCCAGGGCGGCUACUCCAUCCUCCUCCUCGGCCAGGGCUUCCGCGAGGUGCUCCCGCUCACAUACGGCUCUUCGCAUGUUCUCCACCAGGAGAACGUCGCGGACAUCGUCGCGGUUCUCAGCCUUGCUGCGGCCCUCGUGCUUUGGUCACUCGCGACGAUGUGGAUGAUCUACGCCGUGCUUGCCGUCAUCGAGGUCCUGCAGAAGACCCGAUUCCCAUUCACACAGACAUUUUGGGGCCUUAUCUUCCCUAACGGCGUGUACGCAAACCUUACGAUCCAGCUGUACCGGACGAUCGACUCGCCGUUCUUCCGCGUGUGGGGCGCGAUCUACGCGCUCGGGACGCUCCUGCUGUGGACGAUGGUGUUCGUGCGGACGCUCACGCUCGUGCGCAACGGCGCGAUCUUCUACUCGCCGUGCCUGGAGGACUUCGACAUGGCGCGCGGGAUCGAAAAGAGGCGAGUAGACGCACAGCCUGCCCCGCACUGCAUGUCGAGUCUCAACAAAAACAGUUCGCCGAUGAACAGCGGGACCUCGUCCGCGAACGGGCACUACGAGGUGGGCGCGCAAUGA